CAAAAAGAACAUGUUUACAAUUUAAAUAGAAGAUGGGCGCAAAGCCUAGUAAAAUAAAAUUCUUACAUUUACCAGGAUGGAAAAAUGGGCAGCUGAAGGACGAAACUUUGAGAGUGAAGAGGAGGACGAUGAACGACUUCCGGACGAAUCUAAACCUUCCAUUCCCGAGGACGAUCCGAACUAUUAUGGUCAAGUUCAUGACCCUCACACAUAACCAGUCCUUUCCUGAGUCAUCUAUUUUAAUGUUUCAGAUCAGGAUGGUUCGAACUAAGCAGGGUAAGCGUGUUCCUGGAGACGAGGUGGCUGAGGAUGAAGCUCAGGUUGGAUCUACUACUCAGGAGGAAACUAAACCUGCACCCACUGAGAAUGGUGCUCCUGAAUCUGAAAACCUACCCGACUCUACUGCUGAAGCUGUAGAAGCUGCCACUGCUCCUGCUGAUGAAGCUUCUCCUGCUCUAGAGAACGGAGAAGCUGCUCCAGCCCCUACCGCAGCAGAAGAGAAGAAAAAGAGAGUGAAGAAGGAGAAGACUAAAGAGAAGGUUGAAGGAGAAGAAGAAGAGAAGGAUAAGAAGAAAAAGAAGAGUUUACCCGCUUGGGCCACCGUAUCAGAAAGUACCAAGAGUAAACUUGCAACCUCUACCUCGGUAAAAGUGCAACGGCCUAGACUUGUGGAUGACGUCAUCAAUGCAAUUGAAACUUGUGCAGAUUCAAGAGGAAAUGCUACUGCCGGAGCUAUCCGUAGCUUCCUUGCCUCCGAGCACCCUGAAUGUCCGAAGCACAUGUUCAAGAAGGUCGUCUUAAACGCCGUGGAGAAGAAGAUCAUUAAACAAACUAAGGGAACCGGUUUUACUGGAAAGUUUAGAAUUGAGAGUUCCGGGAAGAAAGGAAGUAAGGGAAAGAAUAAGGUUGCUGCACCGAAAGAAUCCCUGGAUGAUAUUCUCCCCUUGGCGUUUACCUGGGCCUGUAAUCCAAAGGAAUCCUCAGUCAAUCUCAUCAAGAAGUAUAUUGGUGAGCACUACCCGGACCUGGAUGUGGAAGGCGGGGGAUUUAGGAAAGCUAUUGAAGGAGGAGAAGCUAAGGGUCAGCUUAAGCGUAUCUCAGGAAAGGGAAUGAGUGGAACCUUUGCCCUGGUGGAUAGAGCCGACAAGACCGGGGCCAAGUACGAGGACGCCAUAGAGUCCGCCAUCAUUGCCAUGAACGAACCCAAGGAGUGCAGUGUUACCAAGAUCAGGGAUUAUCUUGGUGCUUAUCAUCCUGAGUUUGAAACUGACAACAAACCUCAUUUAUUCAAGAAAGCAUUGGAACGAAACCUUAAAAAUGGUUGGAUUAUCCAGAUGACUGGAAAAGGAUUCACAGGAAGUUUCCGCCUGGGUUGGCCCUACUACCCAUCUCCCAGAGUUCUCUGGGGAGAUGAAUACAAGGAAAAAAGUGAAAAACCAGCGAAGAAGCGCGCAGCUGCUGCGUCACAUGAUUCCGAAGACGGAGAAUCUGAAGAGGAAGAAGAGGAGAUUGUGCCGCCAUCGAAGAAGCGUGCCGCUCCCAACGCCAGAUCAACAGUCCUUCCGGCGGCCAAGAAGUCUAAGACAGUUGCUAAGAAUACGACUGCUGUUGUUGCGAAGAAGUCAAAGCCGAUUGUCGCUAAAAAGUCGAAGACCGGCAAGAAACGAUCUCGAAAGUAAAGAGCUCAAAUAACGAUGUUCAUUACCUCUGCAAUUCAGACCUGAAUACCGUAAACGUUCAACAUUUAUUGUUUCUCCAAUAUUGUUAUUGUACCAUCGUCAUUUUGUAAAUUUUUCUUGUUAAAUUUCUAAAAUUUGUAAAAUAAGGUUUUUUUAAAAAGCCAAACCUUCUCUACCAUGCAGAAAGAUGUUUAUUGUAUACAAUUCAAAAUUUAUCUUGAGCUUUCUUUGGUUUAUUUACUUUUUGCGUAUUUACUAACAGAGAGCAGAUUUAAAUGCUUAAUUAAUUUUUGGUAUUGUAAAAUAUGAUUUGUAAAUUGUAAUUUUUUUUAAAAAUUGUUUGAAUGUUUUUUUUAAAUGAAAACCCUCGUUUGGUGUUAAAAGGCAUAUUAAAUUUUUUUGUUGUGCUUCACAUUUCACAUUAUAAAUUUGUUUGCUUCACUAAAUCUAUAUCCAAGAUAUGCAUUUGUGCACUUAAAUUCUUUCAAAACAUAUUUUCUUUCUGAAUAACUUAAAAAUGGAACCAUAAAUAGUAAAAAACCUCAUUUAGAUGCCACGUGAUUUAAGGAUAUCCUAAUUUAAGAAACAUUCUAGAACCAAACUUUAAUGGAACUAAGUACUGGAACCUGUAGAAAUAACUAUAAGGUCAUGCACUAGAACCUGAUAUAGAUGGAACCAUGUUUUAGAACCUGAUAUAGAUGAAACCAUGUACUAGAACCUAAGCUAGAUGGAACCAUGUA